CUACAGUGUUCUUCUCCGCCUCGAGCCUCGACAAUUCGGCCCCGACCCUAAGUCGUCUUCGAAAGCCUCUCGCGAGACCGCGACAAACGAACCCCUUCCCCUGAGACGAUUGUUCCGGAACCAUGUCUUUUCUGGGACUGGGCCCACGAGCGCUGGGCGGCUGCAGCAGAGCUCUUCGCUGCAGCUCAAUUGCUGUUGCUGCAAGAGCUGGCGUUCCCGUCCGACAGCCCCUUAGAUACGCGACAACUGUCUCGAAGCCUAGAGCCAAGAAGCCGCCAGUCUCGCCCGUCGACGAUGCUGCCGCCGUGGGGAAGAAGACUCUGAGCACCAAAAGCUCGACAACGGCAACAGCCCCCAAGUCGCCAAGGAAGAAGAAGGCCGAAGCCCCGGUGCUUGAAGUCCCCGGUGCCGAAGGUGUAGUAAAAGUGCCCAAGACGCGUGCUGCUUCAACCAAGACCAGCGCCGCCACAAAGAAGAAGGAUGCGCCUGCUCCCGCAAGUCCCGCAAGUCCAGCCGAGAUAACAGCGGCAUCGACACCGUCGGUUACCCAAGGGAUGGAUGUGGGCGCAGCGGAGAAGAUACCCCCAACACUGCGAGCCCCCGAGCCCCUCAAGCCGGCGGUCAGGUUUGUCAAGUCUGUCAAGUCCGAGGUGGCUCCCGAGGGCCCGCAGCCCGUGGACACUUCGAGUCCGGAAUAUAAGAAGGCGUCAAGGAAAUACACAGCGUUGAUGGUAGCCUUGCCGAUCCUGUUUGUCACGUCAUAUUACCUCUAUGACAGGCUUGUUCUUGGAAACCAACCCUCCGAUUUGGCAGCUCUCCGACCAAAGCCGACGAUAGGCCAGAGUUCAGAGCAGCCGCAGUAGUGAGCUGGAGACGGGAGAAAUCCCACCGAAUGCAAUGCAAAUUCCCUACUCAUCACUCUGUGCUGCGGUUAUCUUUUGCGCCGUACUGUGAUUGCUCCUGAU